CCUAAAGCAAAUUCGGCCCAAUCCCCAUUGGAACCGCAGGUGGGGCUCCUUAUGGAGCCUGUGAGGGCGUUAGCUAUUAUAACGAUUAUGGUGCUGUUGUGUUGCGCCGUCAUCGCUGUCUUGGCUUGCUUGCGGGGUGCAGCAUCCGUCGGGUUUGGAAACGUAAACCCCAUCUCACUUGCCACGUCCACGUCCCCGUCCGCGUCCACGACCACGACCACGUCCACGUACUUGAUGCGAAUCCAGAUUUGGCUUUUGCUUCCACGUCCAACUUUCGACUUGGGCCUUCUAUUAUAUCAUCCUGCUCUGGCAAGCUUCCAAGAAGGUUUCACCGCCAUGGGAGCGAACGUGCGCAUUGCCGGUCGUUCGGACAUCGAGCUCAUCAAGGCUCAGUUCGCAUCCACAUCAGCAUAAUCGGAAUCGCAUUGGAUUGUGAUUUUCCCUGAUGGUGGCGAAGACGCUUCGUGGCUUCAACUGCAAGUGUGUCGCAAACGUGGCGCGUGACUGGUUGUUUAUAAUACGGAACCAGGCUAUCCUGGCCAACACCAGAAAAUGACCCAACUGUUCAGCGACCUUGGCGCAGCUGAGAUUUGGGAAUAUUCGCAGAAUAAAAUGCUGUAUGAUCAUAACACCACUCCUGCAAUUGCACGGUAUGUUCCGCCUCAUGAUUCACAUUAUUUGGAUUACGGUAUCGAUCUGGACGGCGGCAUAGUAUAUAAGAAUUAUUCGACAUGCCUUCUUCAAUCUAAAAAGUCCCGGGAUCCCAGGAUCAUGAAAGCAGUGGCCAAGGUUUUCCGAGGCUCAUUGCGGGAGCUACAGGUCGAUCCAGCCGCUGCGACACUUUCGGCCAUGAGAAGCGCGUUCAUGGAUUGCGCGAUAGGUCUAAACUUGCAUGCGUUAAGCGGAGACCGAUCUGUAGGUCAAGUGGAGUCGUUCCAAAUGGCGCUCUUCCUGUCAAACAAGAUGCGCGUGAUGUCCGAGGGUCUUGACCCAGCAGAGAUACCGAUAUGGGACGGCCUCGUCCAGACGCCAGGUGUUUGGAAGCCAGAUCUGAAGUCGAGACUUGCUGGCUUGGAGCAGUUAUUAUUGCUCGUGCAAGAACUUAGGGAGGACUCCAUAAAGCUGGCCGAGUGCAGACGGACAUCGCAUGAGUUGUACAAGCAGCGUUUCUCCAGCGAGCAGGCGUUUUCGAUUGCAGGUAUAAAUGCUACGACGCUGAUGAACCGCCCCAACGAGAGGCAUCAUCUCUAGAGCCAAAGUUUUCCAAGCGUUCGCAGGAGGUCUAGGGCAUGGCUCUUAAUCAUUAGUCUGUGGGAGGGCUUGCGAAUCAAACGUGCGUUCAUCAAGUGUGCCCAGGGCCUCGUUACGUUCGAUGUUUCGGAGCAAGGCUCGCCAGUUGUCUGGCGCCCCUUCCAGGCAAAUACUUUUUGACGCAUUGGCCGAGCGUGAUGAUACUGCAGUAAAGUCGCAAUGCUGAUUCAGCAUCGUGGCCACGCUGGUAAGACAUAGCGCAAUCACCUCACGCUUCGAGAACGUUGCUACGUUCAGCAGCUGCGGCCAUGAUGUGUUCCGCCGCCCCGGGACGCCGCGGCCCAGGGGCCUCGACACCACGCGUACCUACGUCAAUUGAACCAUUCCAAACUUUCGCAAGUCAAUUUAACGCGGUUGCGUUUCUGAGCACGCCAGUUUAACCAAAGCAAGGGGAGUACCCCCCAGCAGCAAUAUAGCAAUAUUGUUUGUUGUGCGUUCGUUACCAGGGGCGGCGCCGGAGGCGCCGCGGGAGGGGCCCGGCGCAGAUCCGAGGAAUCCGCGCGGAGCGCCAAAAGUUUAUGUCCAUGCGCUUUUUACUCUUCGACCUAUGCUUAUCCCCCCGCAGUAGCGAGUUGAUGCGAGUUGGACGUGUGUCGGCCAGCGUGUCUGACCUGACCCGUUUGAGGUUCUUUGGUUUUUGCCGCAUGUCUCGCGUCGAGCGCCCGGCAUGCGACGACAGCGGACAAGCCGAGCACGAGACAUGCGCUGCGGUCCUGCGAAGUGUCCCGCAUCACGGCCCAAGAAAUCCAUGAAUUUGGGGCCCCGUGC